AAACUAGUAAAAAGAAAGAAAGACAGAAAAAUCAACACAACACUGAACUACUCCCAAGAGACCAUUCUACAGCCUCUAUUCUCAGUCAGUUCCUCAUGCUCCGCUUACUUUCUCUCUCUUCAACUUCUAUUUCUUUUCAAACACUGAAAUCGUGUUUCUCGUUUCGCCAUACUCAUUUCCUUCAAACCCAAACCCUAACCAUUUCUCCCCCGCCACUUCUAUGACCCUUCCUCCGAAGCUUCGAGGGUAUUGCACCUGGUGAUUUUAUGGAGUUUUUUCUUCGGCAUCUUAUGUAUGGCGUUCCUGUGGUUAUAGGCGAAAACUGGGGUUGCAGGACUUUUGGUUAAAUAUUAAUUUAGAGUGUUUAGUUUGGGAUCCACUUGGUAAGCUGCAAUCUUACAGGUGAAUUAUGUCUCAGCAGCAAAACCAAAACCUACCUGCGGUUUCGCAAUCUCUGCUACAACAAACGGUUUCUGGAGCUGAUGUUAAACCCUUCUCAAUAAGACAGUAUGUAAUUGCUUCUCGUCACAUAAAUAUCCUUCAUAACUGGCCAUUUCAUGAGAAGCACUUGCAAUUGUGUCUUAACCAUGGUCUCAAGGAGGUGUUGCCACCAUUUGGACGCCAAACUUCACCUGCUGAAUCACUCCAAGGUUGUUCCAACUUGAUGCAAUCACUAGAUGAUAAUGAUAAUAAAGAAGCUGAUUUUUGCAAAGCUGAAGUGCCACAUCUCAUUGAUGAUGACCACCCACAAAGUACUAACAAUGAGUGUGUCUACAAAGUCACCAACCACACUUCAGCACAUGAAGAGGCAAGUCACUCAAAUCAGCUUAACUGCAGCAUUUCUGACAAUUUAUCUCAACCAGCAGCAAACACAUGUACCCUCCCAAGUUCAACUCAUGCUAGUAAGAGUUUGCCAUCAUCCAAGGCAGUGAAAGAUAAACGCAAAAGGCGUAAAUGGAGAUGUAAGAAACGCUCAAUGGUGGAUAUUUUAGCUGUGGCACGGCACACUACAUUAGAGGAGAUCCAUAGGAUGAACAAGUUUUAUUAUGCUGAAACUGUGAUUAAAGGAUGUCAGCAAACGGUGCCUCAUGAAAAUAUUUCCAGGUCUGAGGUAGUGGGUUUGGAUUCAUGUAGAAAAGCUGGGAGUGAAGAUCAUGGUGUAGCUAAUGUUGAUAUGACACCAAAGGGGCCAUUGCUUCUUAAGUUCAAGCUCAAUGGAUGUAAUGUAAAUAGGAAUUUCAAAUUAAGCAUAAAUUGAUUCUGUUCAAUUUUAUUCUCUGUUAUUAUUAUUCUUUCUAGAAUUUCCUCUGAUACUGUCGGAUAGGAAGCAUUAAGGAUGGAUAUACAUAUAUACAUAUAUCUCCCUUAAGGUGUGUCCUAGCAUGCUUCAAUUCCUUCCAUCAGUAUUCAUUAUGCUUAAUUUAGGAGAGAAAUUCUUACAUUGCUGCUCAA